UUUCGGAAAUGCAUAUAUUAAUACAUAAAUACAAAGAUUCUAAACAAGAUCAAGUUUUAAUCACAUGAGACAUACAUUUUGUUAGGACAUGGGAAAAGAAGAGAAAGAAAUAUAUGAUGAGGUAGACAAAGAGCACGAAUAUGAAGAGGAAGAAGAAAAUGGAGCAUUGUGUCAUUCACAAACGCCAAACACAUCACUUGCUGAAUUAAACAUGUUGCUUGUAACUCUUUCAUUAGUUUACUUUCCAAAUGAUGAUGAUUGCAUACAUAGUGUAGAGACCGAACAUAUCAUAAGAGAUCAAGUAGGUACGACUAAAACGUGCAUGUCUAAACUAGAAACAAAGAAAAGAGAGAAAAAUGAGCCUAAGCAAAUUGGGAAGAAAUCAUUUUCAUCAAGAUUUCAAACUACCAUAAAAGAUUCCAGACAUGGAAGAAAAAUGUAAGACCAAAAUGUACGUACUAUGGAGGACCAAACAUAUCAACGUGGGGAAGGUUAUAGAGAAACGGUGAAGCAAACAAAUUAAUGCGAACCUCCAGUGUCCCAUAGCAAAAUCUGUGUUACAAGUGUUUGUCUGUAUAAAGGUAUAUCAAUAUAUUAUUUUAGUCUUAGAAGCUGUCGAUCAUAGAAGUAAAUAUAUAAUAUAAUAAUGAUGGUGAAAAGCCACUUAGUGGUGGUCUUUGUUCCUUGCAUUAUUAAUGACCAGUUUUACUACAUUAAGCACAUGCGAAUUACUAUAUACGAAGUUUUGCUAAUUAGUUGGAUAUUAAUGUUGGAGUGGAAUCAUUCAAUUGAAUUCAA